CAAAAUACUUGAUGAUUCUUUUUAUUUCUUCAUCAACAAAAAUAAUGUGCAAAACCAAAAAUAUUUGUUUUUUUUUCUUUUACAUAGUCUCCUAAAUAAUGGAGGUGAAAAUGGAGAGAGAGAGAGAGUCCAAACACCAAGACCAGCUCCUUUUUCACCUAUCUCUCUUCUUCAUCUGAAUCAGAUUUUGUAUCAGAAAGAGAGCACCUGAGCUCAUAAAUUCUGGAUAAGAUCAAAGUCAGAGUCUUUCUUGUUUUUCAUCACUUACUUGUAUGACAGAAGAAGAUAGCUCAGCUAAAAUGUCAGAGGAUGUUGAGAAAUAUCUCAACUUAAAUCCACCUUGCUCCUCCUCCUCCUCUUCUUCCUCCGCCGCUACAUUCACGAACAAGUCUCGAAAUUUCAAAUCUUCUCCCCCGCCGUGUCCAGAUCAUGUCCUUGAGAACGUUUUAGAGAACGUGCUUCAGUUCCUCACUUCCAGAUGCGAUCGCAACGCAGUCUCAUUGGUCUGCAGAUCGUGGUAUCGCGUCGAGGCUCAGACUCGAUUAGAGGUUUUUAUUGGAAACUGUUACUCGCUCUCUCCUGCUCGGCUUAUUCACCGGUUCAAGCGUGUUAGGUCUCUUGUGCUUAAAGGGAAACCUAGGUUUGCUGAUUUUAAUCUCAUGCCUCCUAAUUGGGGAGCUCAAUUCUCUCCUUGGGUUGCUGCUACAGCUAAGGCUUAUCCUUGGCUCGAGAAGGUUCAUUUGAAGCGUAUGUUUGUUACGGAUGAUGAUUUGGCUCUUCUUGCUGAGUCGUUUCCUGGGUUCAAAGAGCUUACUUUGGUCUGCUGUGAAGGUUUUGGGACUAGUGGUAUUGCUAUUGUUGCUAACAAAUGCAGGCAGCUAAAGGUCCUUGAUUUGAUGGAGUCAGAAGUCACAGAUGAUGAGUUGGAUUGGAUUUCUUGUUUUCCUGAGGGUGAAACUCAUCUGGAGUCUUUGUCUUUUGACUGUGUUGAAUCCCCUAUCAAUUUCAAGGCAUUGGAGGAGCUCGUGGUUAGGUCACCAUUCUUGAAGAAACUUAGAACGAACAGGUUUGUUUCCCUUGAAGAGCUGCAUCGACUAAUGGUUCGAGCGCCGCAGUUAACGAGUCUUGGGACGGGGUCAUUUAGUCCAGACAAUGUGCCUCAGGGAGAACAACAACCGGAUUAUGCAGCUGCUUUUCGUGCUUGUAAAUCCAUAGUUUGUCUCUCAGGAUUCAGGGAAUUUAGACCGGAAUACCUCCUAGCCAUCUCUUCAGUUUGUGCUAAUCUCACCUCUCUUAACUUCAGUUAUGCUAACAUUUCUCCUCACAUGCUCAAGCCCAUCAUAAGCAACUGUCACAAUAUCCGAGUCUUCUGGGCUCUUGACUCGAUACGUGAUGAAGGACUACAGGCAGUGGCUGCCACAUGCAAGGAGCUCCGUGAGCUUCGGAUUUUCCCUUUUGAUCCUCGUGAAGACAGUGAAGGUCCUGUCUCGGGAGUAGGCCUCCAAGCAAUUUCAGAGGGCUGUAGGAAACUGGAAUCUAUCCUGUACUUUUGCCAGAAUAUGACCAAUGGAGCUGUGACAGCCAUGUCGGAGAACUGCCCGCAGCUUACUGUGUUUAGACUUUGCAUAAUGGGUCGCCAUAGGCCUGACCACGUGACAGGAAAGCCAAUGGACGAUGGAUUUGGUGCCAUUGUUAAAAACUGCAAGAAGCUAACCCGACUUGCAGUAUCAGGGUUACUAACAGAUGAAGCUUUUAGCUAUAUAGGAGAAUAUGGGAAAUUGAUCCGUACGCUAUCUGUAGCGUUUGCUGGGAACAGUGACAAGGCUCUGAGAUACGUUCUUGAGGGUUGUCCUAAACUACAAAAGCUUGAGAUCAGGGACAGUCCCUUUGGAGAUGUUGGAUUGCGCUCUGGUAUGCAUCGGUAUUCCAAUAUGAGGUUUGUUUGGUUGUCGUCAUGUCUCAUAUCCCGUGGAGGCUGCAGGGGUGUUUCUCAUGCUCUGCCUAAUGUAGUCGUGGAAGUAUUUGGAGCCGAUGGUGAUGAUGACGAAGACACUGUCACUGGGGAUUAUGUUGAGACAUUGUACUUGUAUCGAUCCCUUGAUGGCCCAAGGAAGGAUGCUCCAAAGUUUGUAACAAUUUUAUGAGAAAAACUUUGGUGCAAAUGAGGCCAUGAUUGGGGAAAAGCAAAACUAGCAAGCAGAAGAUAAUGUGUUUGUAAACUAUGCUCUAAGGUAUCGAUAAAUGCGGUAACUUUCUCCAAGCUUUUCUCAUCAAGCCUUGGGACAGUAUGGCCUUUGGGAUGAUGGACAACCACCGGAUUCUUGUACGAUUCUAUCAGCUGAGUUCCGUAAGGUUUCAGAAAAUCAGUCUCUCCUGCAACAAACAAGCCAUUUAUCAGAUUCUCGAUCAUCAAUGAACAAGGUUUUGAAGAAUUUUCAAAUCAGCUUUUGCAGAAUGUACCUAAAAAGUGGAGGGAGAGAGUUUCCAAGGAAGACGAAUAUGCAUUCUCGGCCAAUUUGGCGGAUUUGAGCUUAGCUCCUCCAAUGAUUAUAACAAACUUAAUCUUUGGUACUUUCUGAAAUGCAAUUCCCUGCAAAAGUUGUAAAUGAAUCAGAAACAGAAUUUGUAAAUAAAUAUGAUCAUGAAUACUAUAGUGUCAUUAGUAUUGACGUACC